AUGUCUGCGCCACGUGAACCAGGAUCCCCGGGGAAUCGACACCCGGAGGAUCGAACGCUACAGAGAACGGAAACUGUCGAGACCCUCCACGAACUUGGAGUGCCAGAAAGACCACCGCCGCUGGACUCAAAUUAUCCCGACGUUGGCCGCGAGGAAGACCCCGUAUUCCCCGAAGAAUACACACUCGAAACCGAGACCGGUCUUGUCCCUGAAGCAACCCUCGAGAAGAUCCGAACAGAGCGUCCCCCAGCAGAGACGCCAUCCGGAAGGGACCUUGAAAAGGGUUACAAAACCGCAGAGUUCGUUACUUUUACCCUUCAUGACCCCGACAACCCUCACAACUGGUCUCGCCUCUACCGAUGGUACAUCACGAUCAUAGCUUCGCUUCUAGUUGUCUGCAUUGCAUAUGGCUCUGCCAUCGUCACUGGUGGUCUCAAUUUGAUCGAGAAAAAUUACAACGUCUCUCAGGAGGUUGCGAUUCUUACUUGCUCCAUUAUGGUCUGCGGUUUCAUGGUUGGGCCAUUGCUGUGGUCUCCAUUGUCUGAGAUCAUCGGUCGGCAGCCAGUUUACAUCUUGUCACUGGGUCUUUACGUCAUCUUCAACAUUCCCUGCGCCCUGUCUCCGAAUAUAGGAGGACUUCUGGCUUGUCGGUUUUUGUGUGGAGUUUUCUCAAGCUCGGGAUUGGCAUUAGCUGGUGGAACUAUUGCCGAUAUCUGGUCCAUUGAAGACCGCGGAAUGGCCAUUGCAUACUUCGCCGCGGCGCCAUAUUGUGGUCCCGUCAUUGGGCCGAUUGUCUGCGGUUGGAUCAACGUUGGCUCCCAUCGCCUAGAUCUCUUCUUCUGGACCAACAUGGCAUUUGCGGGUGUUGUUAUGAUCCUCGUGGGCCUGAUUCCAGAAACGUAUGCUCCUGUCAUCCUCAAACGACGCGCAGCAAGGCUAAGGAAGGAAACCGGGAACCCAAACAUCAUCACCGAGCAGGAAAAAGUGAAGCUUACUUUCCGCGAAAUCGUCAAGACAAGCUUGAUUCGGCCGGUCACUAUGAUCAUGACAGAGCCGGUCCUCGACCUGAUGUGCAUGUAUAUUGUCUUGAUAUAUUCCAUGCUCUAUGCAUUCUUCUUUGCCUACCCCGUCAUCUUUGGGAGAUUAUACGGAUAUAAUGAUGGCCAGAUUGGCCUCAUGUUCAUCCCUAUUCUCAUUGGGGCUGGGUUUUCUUUGCUUUGCACACCUGCCAUCGAGAAGCAGUUCAGAGGAAUCUGUCAAAAACGGAAACCCACGCCUGAGGAUCGACUCAUUGGCGCGCUCAUUGGAGCCCCAUUCAUCACGAUAUCGCUUUUUAUCCUCGGUGCCACGUCGUUCAAGCAUAUCAUCUGGGUUGGUCCAGCAUCCUCUGGGAUUGCAUUUGGAUUUGGCAUGGUUCUGUGCUAUUAUGCAGUCAACAACUAUAUCAUUGACUCAUACCAUCGCUACGCCGCAUCCGCCCUUGCUGCUAAGGUGUUCCUGCGAUCAGGAGGGGGCGCCGCGUUCCCUCUGUUCAUCACCCAGAUGUAUGACCGCCUUGGACUCCAAUGGGCGUCCUGGCUGCUGGCUUUUAUCGGACUCGCUAUGGUUCUGAUACCAUACGUAUUCUAUGUGUUUGGUGAGCGACUCCGCGCGAGGUUCACAAAAGAUUAA